CUUAAUUUCAUGUGCCCCAAAAGCAGGACUUGACUCAAGUGAGCUCUCAGUAGUACUAGUAGCACGUACAGCUUCUAAGCCCUCAAAAAACUUCACUUUUAGCAAUGGAUAUUUUCUCAAACUACUAUUCUGACCCAAUUCCAAGUGGGUCAGAUUUCUGGUCCCCGGAAAUUCCAGAAUCAUCGGUGUCCGAUGGUGGUAGCACCUGCAGAGUCAAUCAUUCCGAUGAGGAGGUGUUGUUAGCUUCAGAUCAUCCUAAGAAGUGUGCCGGCAGGAAAAAGUUCAGGGAGACUCGUCAUCCGGUGUACCGGGGAGUCAGAAGAAGGAACUCCGGCAAGUGGGUAUGUGAGGUGAGAGAACCAAACAAGAAAUCGAGAAUAUGGCUUGGAACAUUCCCAACAGCAGAAAUGGCGGCAAGAGCUCAUGACGUGGCGGCGCUAGCUCUUCGAGGCCGGUCGGCUUGCCUGAACUUCGCUGACUCGGCAUGGAAGUUGCCCAUUACCUCGUCUAUGGAUGCUAAGCAGAUUCAGAAAGCGGCAGCCGAGGCGGCGGAGGCCUUUCGGCCGUCAAAUUCCGAUGGGGUCUCCGGCAAUGACGCGAAGGAGGAAAGCCCGGUGACAUUGUCGGAGAAUGUGUUCUUUAUGGAUGAGGAGGCGGUUUUCGGCAUGCCGGUAUUGCUGGCAAGUAUGGCGGAAGGUUUGAUGCUACCACCACCUCCUCUACCUCCUCACUCUCACUGUGUAGGAGAUGGGUACAGUGGUGAUGACGUGGAAUUUGAUGCUGACGUGCCAUUAUGGAGUUAUUCGAUUUAAUAUUACUUUAUUAUUAAUCCGUACUUUAUUUUUUUUUGUCUAGUAUGGAUUGAUGAUAGUUGAUAUGUAGAAUGGAUUUUGAAAGAUGAGUGAAAACAAAGAAUAGAUAAUUGAAGUUUUGGGG